AACUGGAAGCUAUUGUGAAUUCAUCUACAUGAUUCGAAGCAAAGCGAAUGGCAGGAAAACAGUUUGAAAUGCAAUCGGACGUCUGUCACUCGUAAUGCAAAUAUAAAAAGAAAUACAUACAUACUUCUCUGGGAAUAUUGUUUGUCAGAAUCUCUGGUACAAGUGUAACACCGUUUUCUAUACGUUUUCUCGUAGUAUUAAGAUUUUAUCAACGUUGACCACGUGAAUGAUGAUACUUCUGUCACAACAUAAAUAAUUCAUUUUGUUAUCGCGUAAAUGGUUCUUCCGUUAAGAAAUGCACAUAUCUCGUUCGAUCGAAGGAUCACGGUGGACGUACUUUACGAUAGUGUAUCGAUAAGCACUAUCUAAGCGACGAGAUGUUUAAUAGUGUUGUUAAAAGUAAGCGUUAACGAUUUGGAAAGCUGUCGGGGCUCGACUGUGUAAGAGAAGCCUAGAGUAAAAGUCGAUUUUAAAAGGUGCAUACGACUUUUGUUGAUCACUUUUAUCAUUCCACAUGGGUACUAGAAGGAAAAUGGAAAAGUAUGACAACGUGGAGGAUGGGGCCCACGAGUCGAAUCACGUGCACGAACGUUCGGAUUUACGAGGUGACGAAAAAAAUAUAGCUAUACUUUUGUUUUUAUAUCUGUUGCAAGGAAUACCAUUGGGUUUAUGCAAUUCAAUUCCUAUGUUACUUCAGAACAGAGACGUUUCGUAUCGUCAGCAGGCUGAAUUCAGUUUUGUACAAUGGCCAUUUUCCUUGAAACUUUUUUGGGCACCGAUAGUAGAUUCUGUGUUCUCUCAAAAGUUUGGAAGAAGAAAAACAUGGUUGAUUCCAACUCAGUAUUUCAUGGGUUUUUUCAUGCUGUUGUUAUCCAGUCAUGUAAACAGAUGGUUAGGUGAUGAAAAUACAAAACCAAACAUAGGAAUGUUGACCAUAAUAUUUUUCGCUUUGAACGUUUUGGCUGCUACUCAAGAUAUCGUGGUAGAUGGAUGGGCUCUUACUAUGUUGAAAAGGUGCAACGUGGGUUAUGCAUCGACUUGUAACAGUGUGGGACAAACUGCUGGAUUCUUCAUUGGUUACGUGCUCUUUAUGGCAUUAGAGUCUGCUGAAUUUUGUAACAGCUACUUAAGAUCAACACCCUCAAACGAAGGCAUUUUAACUCUACCUGAUUUUUUAUAUUUCUGGGCUUGGAUAUUUAUAAUUGCCACCACUUUACUUGCACUGUUCAAACACGAAGAUUCAGAGAAAAUGCACAAAGAUGGGGAAUUGAAUACAGAUAUUAAACAUGCGUAUAGAUUACUUUGGAAUAUUGUCAAAUUACCAUCUGUAAAAGCCAUUAUUAUAUUUUUAUUAACUGCAAAGAUAGGGUUUUCUGCUUGUGAUGCUGUAACAGGUUUGAAGCUGGUAGAAGCUGGUAUACCGAAGGAAAAGUUUGUACUCAUGGCUGUACCUAUGAUACCGUUGCAAAUAUUACUACCAUUAGCAAUUUCGAAGUAUACAGUUGGUCCAAGACCUAUGGACGUCUACAUAAUGGCCAUGCCUUUUAGAUUAGCUUUUGGUCUGGUGGCAGCAUUUCUGGUAUGGGUGACACCGUAUAUUGUAACAGGUGGCCAAGUCCCAGCCUACUACAUUAUAGUUUUAAUAGGUCUAUAUUUGAUACAUCAGGUUUUCACGAGCAGUAUGUUCGUAGCUUCAAUGGCGUUCUUUGCAAAAAUUAGCGAUCCAGCGGUGGGUGGCACUUACAUGACAUUAUUGAACACUUUAUCGAAUCUCGGAGGUAAUUGGCCAGCAACGGCAGCUCUUUGGUUCGUUGAUUCGUUAACGCUUCGACAAUGCAGCACCGAUCCGUCGAACGAUUGUAGCACAAUUUCGAAAAGAGAGCUUUGCGCGAACACGCACAACGGUGUUUGUAACAUGCAACUGGACGGGUACUACAUAGAAAGUAUUCUAUGUCUAAUCGUAGGAUUCGCCUGGCUGAGGUGGGGACGACGAAAGAUCGACGUGAUACAAAUGAGACCGAUAUCUGCUUGGAAAGUGAUCAUUUCUAAGCAGAACAGAUAACAGUAUUGAAUCAACGUUGUAACUUUGUGGAUACGGUACCUGUAAUUAUUAUGAAAUUGUACAAAUUAAAUAUGCGCAUACUGAACGCGUGUCGGCUAUGUGCCUGGGUGAUUUCCCGCACAUUUACCAAGUGUUCCAAUUUUAUUAACGCAGCAUGAAACGAAUGUUUCCGGUUUCACGGUUCUCUCUCUCUCUCUUUCUAUCUCUCGUUUAACUUUAUUUUUUUUAAUAUGACAAGUCGCAAGUACAACGUGCGAUGAUUGUCGAACUUUUGUACGACAUCCUCUCGUGUAAUUAGCACAAUAAUAAUGUGAAACUGCGCGUUCACUCUGUGAAAUUACUAAAAUAUAUACAGCUAUAAAUUGCCUUUUCCUAUUUAUAUUUUCGUCCUUCCGUGAAGGUUAGUGAUUUUUAGUUACGAUGCAACGUAUGUAACAUACUGCAUAACUGUACUGUUUACUGGACACGGAUGAUUUAACGAUUAAAACUGACGACCGUUCGCAGUGCUUGUCAGUUAGUAUGUACGAAUAAACGAUGUUAAUAAAAGUUUUCCACAUAUGAAACA